GGAUGGUAGAAAUUUGCCUUCUCCACAUGCUGAAGCGUCGGGCAUCCGGCUUCUUGCGGACGGACAAGAUCGCUGCACUUUUCACCAAGGUUGGCAAGACCUAUGACGUGGCCAGUGAGAUAUGCAAGAAAGUGCAGGAGUUGCUGCAACAGGCUGAAGGCAGAAAAUACCAGCCAGCUGGCCAAGAAUCCCUGAAGAGGCAAGCUUCAACCACAAACAAACCCUCUUCUUUGUCCCCACAAGCCAUCAAGCACAUAUGGGUGCGCACCGCCCUGAUCGAGAGGGUGCUUGAUAAAAUUGUGCAAUACCUUGUGGAUAACAAUAGCAAAUAUUACGAAAGAGAGGCAUUAUUGGCAGAUCCAGUAUUUGGACCCAUCUUGGCCUGUCUUCUAGUUGGACCUUGCGCCCUGGAUUAUACCAAGCUGAAGACGGCUGAUCACUUCUGGACAGAUCCCUCAGCGGACGAGUUGGUCCAGAGGCAUCGGAUUCAUGGAACUCAUAAUCGCCAAGACUCUCCUUCCAAACGGCCAGCCCUAGGAAUCAGGAAGCGUCAAUCAAGUGGAAGCACGUCAGAAGAUCGCUUUGCUGCUUCGGCCAGAGAUUAUGUGGAGUCAUUACAUCAGAACUCACGGACACAUUUAUUGUAUGGGAAGAACAAUGUGCUGGUCCAGCCGAAAGAUGACAUGGAGGCCAUUCCAGGAUAUCUGUCACUUCAUCAGUCUUCUGAUUCUCUAACUCUGAAAUGGACACCAAAUCAGCUCAUGAACGGGAACCUGGGAGAUACAGAACUGGAGAAAAGCAUCUACUGGGACUACGCCUUGAUUGUGCCGUUCAGCCAAAUUGUCUGCAUCCACUGCCAUCAACAACCUGACCAAGGUGGGACUUUGGUGCUGGUGAGCCAGGAUGGUAUCCAGAGGCCCCCACUCCAUUUUCCACCUGGCGGACAUCUCCUGGCCUUCCUUUCUUGCCUUGAGAAUGGCCUCCUGCCCCGUGGACAGCUGGAGCCUCCGUUGUGGUCCCAACAGGGAAAGGGCAAAGUUUUUCCAAAGCUCCGGGACAUUGGGGGCCAGAUGGGUUUGUUCAUCGGUGCCAGCCUGCUGACCAUCCUGGAGAUUUUCGAUUACCUGUAUGAGAGCGCCCGCCAUCCGCUGCGGAGCCACUCGGACAGCAUCGUGGGAUACCCCACGGGUGGGCUACCUCGUCACGCCACUCUAGGCAGCUUCGAGGAGUUCGCCUGCUGA